UCGAGCCGCAGAUUUAAGUGUUGUGUGCAGAUAAGCUGCAGAUAAAUAAAUAGGGAAAAGAGAGAAUGACAUUUAAAAAAUUAGAGGCAUAAGAGAGAGGAGCCGCGCGAGACAUCCACUGAUCCACAUAAUCGUUAAACAAUUAGUACUUAAUCGCGAAAAAAUAUAUCUGGUCAUUGAUAAAUGUCAACCUACUCGUUCCAGGUGUGACAUGUCAUCCUUGUAUGGCUGCUGAAGUAAUUAGGUAUAUUGUGAAGACAGAGAAAAUCAAUCGUUAAAAUGACCCACUUCAAUAUGAGUUAUUGUCCACCAAACGCCACUUUUGGUGAGAUUUGGUACAACCAUGGCUUGUCCAAGUGCUUCAUGGACACUGUCAGUUCUUCCGUAGUGGCUCUGUAUUUGUUUAUAUUCGGCACGGCUCAGCUAUUGAUGUACAAACGUUAUGGGAGUGACGUUGAUGCCAAUUCUUUGCCAAGGAGCAAGUUGUAUACCUUGCAAAAGUUUUUACAUAUUUUUAUUGUUCUUCUUUCCAUUGUGAAAAUCGUGUUGCAAGAUACUGUCUUGGGUGAUCAGCAAAUAUAUGGGUACAUGGUCGUAUCGGCUAUUCUCACAAUAAUUGUGUAUCCAUAUGCACUGUACAUACUAAAAGUGGAAAGGCAUCAGUUGCUACCAAGUGUUCCAACUCAUGGCCAUGGUAUCGUUUUGCUUGGUUUCUGGACACUUGCAUUUGUUUCUGAUAAUCUUGUAUUUGUUAAUUUAUUCAGAAAAGAAUGGUGGUUUAAGUUUGAAACGUUGUCUGACAAAAUAGAAAUGGUACUAUUUAUCUCGCGCUACUGCAGCAGUCUGCUAAUUUUUUCACUCGGUCUGCAAGCACCAGGAAUAAUCGGUUAUCCACCCAGCAAUUAUUACAGUUUCGAUGGCACAACUUCACGGUCAAGAUAUUACGAAGGUCAUCCAAAUGAAAAUGCUUCAACGUGGGUUAGUGCCUGGUACAAAAUUAAGACUCUGGCUCCUUUCCUGUGGCCAAAAAAAAGUACUAUGCUCCAGCUGAGGGUGAUAUUUUGUUUUCUUUUACUCAUUGCUGGCAGAGUAAUCAACCUUUAUGUCCCAAUGUACAAUAAAUGGAUUGUGGAUAGCGUAACAGAUACACCAGGACAAUUUAGAUGGGAUUUGGUUUUAAUUUAUGUUGGGUUCAAGUUCCUACAAGGCGGUGGUACAGGAGGAAUGGGUUUGUUAAAUAAUUUGAGAUCGUAUCUAUGGAUUCGCAUACAGCAAUACACAACCCGUGAAAUUGAAGUUGAACUAUUUGGACAUUUACACAGUCUAAGUCUGCGUUGGCAUCUCGGGCGCAAAACCGGAGAAGUACUUCGUGUAAUGGAUCGUGGAACAGAUUCCAUUACAAAUCUAUUAAAUUACAUUAUUUUCUCUAUUGUUCCAACAAUCGUAGAUAUACUUGUAGCGAUAGUAUUCUUCAUAAGUGCGUUCAACAAAUGGUUUGGAUUGAUUGUAUUUUCAACUAUGAUUCUAUACAUCGCUGUUACUAUUGGUAUUACCGAAUGGCGCACCAAGUUUCAAAGGCGGAUGAAUCUUGCAGAUAAUGCUCAAAAAGCCAGAAGCGUGGACAGUUUACUCAACUUUGAGACGGUCAAGUAUUACGGUGCCGAAGCAUAUGAAGUUAAUUUGUACAGAGAGGCAAUUCUCAAAUAUCAAGAAGAAGAAUUCAAAUCGUCAAUAACGUUAAAUAUAUUGAACACAGUGCAAAAUGUAAUUAUCAACUGUGGCCUUCUAGCGGGAUCUCUUUUAUGUCUUCAUAUGGUUGUGCAUCAUGAGGGUUUGUCGAUAGGAGACUACGUUCUAUUUGCAAGUUAUAUAAUUCAAUUGUACGUGCCUCUGAACUGGUUUGGGACAUAUUACAGAGCUAUACAAAAGAAUUUCGUUGAUAUGGAGAACAUGUUUGAUCUUUUGAGAGAAAAUCAAGAUGUCAUUGAUGCACCAGGUGCUGGACCGUUGAUUGUUAAUCGAGGAAGCGUGGAAUUUUCAAACGUCACCUUUGGAUACACCCCCGAAAGGAUUGUGCUCAAGGGAAUCAGCUUCAAAGUUUUGCCCGGCCAAACAGUUGCUCUGGUUGGGCCGUCUGGUGCUGGAAAAUCCACGAUAAUGCGCUUACUGUUCAGAUUCUACGAUGUCGACGAUGGUGCUAUCUACAUUGACGAACAACAUAUCAAAACAGUCAAGCAGGAUUCUCUGCGCAAAGCAAUCGGCGUGGUUCCCCAAGAUACUGUAUUGUUCAAUAACACGAUAAAAUAUAACAUUCAGUAUGGAAAAAUCGACGCUCCGGAAGCUGACAUUAUAGCAGCUGCAAAGUACGCUGACAUUCACGAGCGUAUCCUCACAUUCCCAGACGGUUACGAGACUCAGGUUGGCGAAAGAGGGCUGCGACUGAGCGGUGGCGAGAAACAGCGUGUCGCUAUAGCGCGCACGAUGCUCAAGGCACCAAAGAUCGUUUUAUUGGACGAGGCCACGAGUGCACUGGACACUCAGACAGAACGGAACAUUCAAUCAGCGUUGAGUCGCGUCUGCAAAAAUCGCACGACAAUCAUAAUUGCACACCGACUCUCUACUAUCAUACACGCCGACGAAAUACUUGUAUUAAAAGAUGGAGAAAUUAUUGAACGCGGCAAGCACGAGGAUCUAUUGAAUUAUGGUGAAGUUUAUCAUGAUAUGUGGGAGGCCCAGCUGAGGAAUAAUAAUGACCAAUCUGAAACAGAAGCUUCAGAAAAGUGAAUCAGGGUUGCGGUUAAUUCCUUAAAGUGUUGAGCAACGUAAGCUGCUGAGUUUUUGAAAAUUAACGCCGCCAUCGUUUCGCAAGGCCCUCGAAUUUGUUUUAGAACUAUGAAUUUUAUACCACCAAAAAUUGUAUUGUACAUAAAAAAGAGAAAAUACUUUAACAUUAUGAAGGAUGAGCAUUUUAAGACAAGACACUUAUGUUUUAAAUAAAUUUGCGUUUUUUAAAGUGAAGACUGAUUUAACACAUGAAACAACUUUCAAAGUAUCAUUAAAAACA